ACCGUGAAGACUGGAUCCCCUGAUAAUCUUUCCAGGUUUUUCAGCCACCGAGACACGACCCUAAAGAGGUUUUUUUGCUCUCGUUCUCGCCCACCGAUUCUCCUUUUUUUUCGUCUGUUUGCUCGCGCCAUUUUUUCAACUCGAUUUCCUCGAUUUUUUGUGAAAAUGGGAACGAAAAUCCAGAGAAGAAAGUAACGAAGAAAACUGACGAAUUUGCUUCAGUCUUUUUUAUCUAUUGGGGAAAUUCGGUUUUUUAUUUUUAGAGUGAUUAAAAAAUUCCUAGAGAAAUACGAGGCUCGGGUUUCUGCACAUUUUUUCGAAGCUUCGGGAGUGCUUGGGGAGGGAACACGUGAGCGUUGCCGAAACAAACUCAACAAGAGUGAUCCAAGAUGAAGCUGGACUCGGAGCUCCGAUCGAAUGGGAAAAGCGGCUCGUGCAGCGCUCCCCUUCCAAACAGUCGUCUCGUUCUCGCAUGGAAAAAUAUAUGCUACAGCGUAAAGAGGAAAAAAAGCGGCGGAUAUUUGAUGGGCUUAAUUCGCGCUAGAGAAGUAGAAAAUGUUCAGCUGCUGCAGGGAGUGAGCGGAGUCGUACAGUCGGGGACGCUUAUGGCGAUUUUGGGACCGAGUGGCUGCGGUAAAACUACCCUCUUGGCGACAAUAAGCCGACGAUUGAAAGGAGAUGCGACCGGCGAUGUUCUGCUGAACGGAGAGCCCGUCGAUCGAAAAAUCAUGUCGAGAAUAUCCGGAUUCGUUCCGCAGGAGGAUCUCGCGGUCGAGUCACUCACAGUGCAGGAGCACAUGGAAUUCAUGGCUCGGAUGAAAAUGGAUCGGAGGUUCAAAUCAGCGUUCAGAACUCUGAGGAUCGCUGUCCUUUUGGGUGACCUGGGUCUGGAUCGUUGCCAGUACACCAAAUUGUCCGGACUUUCGGGCGGAGAACGAAGGAGGGUUUCACUGGCCGUUCAGCUGCUGACCGAACCGAGCGUGCUAUUUUGCGACGAGCCAACCACGGGCUUGGACAGCUAUUCGGCGAUGGUCGUCAUAAGAACGUUACGGGAAGUCGCGGCUCGAGGCAGAGUCGUCAUUUGCUCGAUCCAUCAGCCAGCCUCCGGCCUGCUCGACCUUUUCCACGAGAUUCUUUUGAUCUCCGCUGGAAGAGUUGCGUUUCAGGGCUCGUCGGCAAACGCAACGAAGUUUUUCAACAGCCUCGCUCUUUGCUGCCCUCCGACCUUCAACAGCGCGGAAUUCUUCGUCUCCCAAUUGUCAGUGACUCGUGACAGGGAAGCCGAAUGUCUGGCAAAAACGAGAUUCAUAUGCGAUCAGUUUCAAAAAUCUAUACACGGCCAGUUGAUAAAAAAGAAGCUGGAAGAUUCCUGCGCCGGAAUACUCAACGAAGCGGCGCCUCAUCCCAUUUUUUCAAGCGGCGCUUCUUCGAUGUCGAUAAACGAAUUCAAAAAAGUUCGAUCCUACACUCAACUCGAGUGGCUUACGUGGAGAAAUUACAUCGAUUACAAAAGAAACAAAUUCACGAUUUUCUUCAAAUUUCUUCUCUACAUGUUUAUAGGUUUGCUCGUCGCAGUGCCCUACGUAUCGGUGACAGAAAACAUCGACCAGCGCGGGAUACAGAACAUGCAAGGAUUGAUGUAUCUCGUAGUGACUGAAACUAUUUUCACAUUUAAUUACGGUGUCUUUUACACUUUUCCCAAAGAACUGCCGUUACUCUUGAGAGACAUUGCUGGCGGUCUGUACAGCCCCGCUCCUUAUUACGUCAGCAAAGUCGUCGUAAUGAUUCCCGGUGCAAUUGUCCAGCCCUUUUUGUACACGGCCCUAAUUUUUGGCAUCGUCGGUUUGAAAGGCGGUUUCGCAGGAUUUCUUUUCUUCGCCGUGCCAGUAAUGCUCAGCGCGGCUGUUGCAACUGCGGUUGGUUGUCUCAUGUCGGCAGCCUUCGAGUCCAUCGACACUGCCUCGCUUCUGGCAGUUCCCAUAGACUUCUUGACCCUCAUAUUCAGCGGGAUUUAUUUGCAUCUCCGGGAUUUGCCGGUUCGAGUGUCUUGGCUCAAGUACAUAUCGCACUUCUACUACAGCACGGAAGCCGUUUCGCUAGUCCAAUGGAGCGAAUUCGAUCACAUAGCGUGUCCCGAGGACCCCGAAGAGCCGUGCGUAUCGAGCGGGGCAGGCGUUCUGGAUAAAUAUGGUUACGAGCCAGGCAAUUAUAUAACCGAUCUGGUUGGCCUCGUGGCGAUGUUCGCGGCCGCUCACGUCGCUGGUUAUCUCGCACUCAGAAUUCGGAGUCGAAAGCAGCCAGUUUAUUAGAGUAUCCGGAGGCUCGAUUCGUCGAGGGGUCGAACGACUGGGUAAAUCGUUCGACGGAAACGAUCGACGAACCGCGAGAAUCAAUUGCUCCGCAUCGAUCGCUCAGUUUCACGCGUUUUUGUUUCGCAGAUUUUUAUCCACUGUUUUGUCUGAUAAAUUUUUUAUUCUUGUACACGAUGUAAAAGAAACGUUUUUUUCAAUUGUGCAAUAAAAUCUUCUUCCGAGUA